AAUUAUUCUAUUUUAUCGUACUAACACUCUAUUAUUUACAUUUGAUAAAAUAAAAUUGUUUUUUAUUUGAAGGAUCAAGGAUUGGACUUUGGAAGUUUGGCUUUUGCUACUUUUGUUGUCCUCCAAACAAACUCGAAAGCCUUUUCUUCAUCGACUUGCACUGAUUACUCUUCUUUCCCUUUUUUCAUCCUUUUCUCUUGGUGGGUAUUUCUAGUAAGAUCCUACUGUUGGCUCAGGCUGUGAAGCUUUUUGCUGAUGGCGGAGCUAAAAGAACCCCUGCUUGCAAGGAAACCUGCCUCAGCUGCAAACCUUAGAGAGAUUUUUAAUAUUCCAUCUGGGUCUGGGCGCCCACCGUUUCAAGUAAUGGAUGUCUUGGGCUUGAAGAAACGAGGCCAGAGCAUUCGUUCAUGGAUCCGGGUUGAUACUUCAGGGAACUCGGGGGUUAUAGAAGUCGACAAAUUCACUAUGAUGCGUCGCUGUGAUCUUCCUGCCCGUGAUCUACGAUUGCUCGAUCCAUUGUUUGUGUAUCCGUCUACUAUCCUCGGUAGAGAGAAGGCCAUUGUUGUGAAUCUAGAGCAGAUUCGAUGUAUAAUCACAGCUGAUGAGGUUCUUCUUUUGAAUUCCCUUGAUAGCUAUGUAUUACAGUAUGUUGUAGAGCUUCAAAGACGACUAAGGACCUCUGGUGUUAGCGAGGCUUGGCAAUCGGAAGAUGCUAUGAUCCGAAGGAGAGGCAGUCGAAACUUUGAUAGUUCAUCACCUGAUUAUUUGCCCUUCGAGUUUAAAGCAUUGGAAGUUGCUUUGGAGGCUGCCUGCUCAUUUCUUGACUCUCAGGCUUCGGAAUUGGAGAUUGAAGCGUAUCCAUUGCUUGAUGAACUGACAUCAAAGAUUAGUACUUUGAACUUGGAACGGGUACGUCGACUAAAAAGCAGGCUUGUCGCAUUGACUCGAAAAGUUCAGAAGGUUAGGGACGAGAUAGAGCAGCUAAUGGAUGAUGAUGGAGAUAUGGCAGAGAUGUAUCUUACGGAGAAGAAAGCACGAACAGAAAUGUCACUUUAUGGCGAACAAUCCCUGUUGGGGUUGAGAUCAAAUGAUGGUGGAGUUUCCCUCUCUGCUCCAGUUUCUCCGAUCUCAUCUGCCUUUGAUUCGAGAAAAUUAGAGAAAAGCUUUAGCAUCACCAGAAGCCGGCAUGGCAGCAUGAGGAGCUCCGAAAGUGGGACGGAGAGUAUUGAGGAGCUUGAAAUGUUGUUGGAAGCAUACUUUGUCGUCAUUGAUAGCACCCUUAACAAGCUUACCUCACUGAAGGAAUACAUCGAGGACACCGAAGAUUUCAUCAAUAUUCAACUGGAUAACGUUCGAAACCAAUUGAUUCAGUUUGAGCUACUGCUAACAACGGCAACUUUCGUGGUUGCCAUAUUCGGAGUGGUAGCAGGAAUAUUUGGCAUGAAUUUCGAAAUCGAGUUUUUCAAUUACCCUAACGCGUUCCAAUGGGUUCUCUACAUUACGGGCAUUAUCGGUCUCUGUAUAUUUGGUGCAUUUGUAUUGUUCUUUAGGUACAAAAGGUUAAUGCCAUUAUAAGUCUUUCUCAUAUGAGAAGAUAGAAAAACACAAUGUAAUUUUCUAUUUUUCAUUUAGUUGCCAUUAUAAUUCUUCAUGAUUGGUUCUCAUCAAAAGUUCCUUCUUUAGGCCAUAUACAAUUAUAUAUUAAUGUUAUUAUGAUCUACCUAUAAAUUUUGUCCAUUUUUGACUUAUAAAUAAGUCUUGGGCAAUUUAUUUUGUAUAUAACACUUCUUUUCUUUAAAUUGUUGCUUAUC